AUGUUCCGUAUCAUCAGCUGUGUGUUGCUGUACAGCACUUUGAUAGCGGGAUUUCCAUUUCCAUUCCCGGCAGCACCUGUAAUACCACCUACUGCUGUAGUCCCAACGCCAUUCCCAUUUGUCCCAGGGUCCACACCGGUAGUACCAACUACGGUUCCCUUUGCAUCACCAGUCCGGCCGGUUAUUCCUACCCCCGUUCCACUUGCUCCAGGUGCUAGGCCCGUUCUGCCUGGCAUCAAUAAUAAUCCUUAUUACAACUACGCUGGUGGCCCUGCUAUUCCUAUCCUGUCGUAUUCUAGCGAACAUGGUGUUGAUGGAACUUAUGCCUUCAGCUUUUCGACCGCUGAUGGUAAGCAAGCUCAAGAAAGUGGAUAUUUGAAAGAUGCUUUCAUUGAUAACGCUGGAAACCCACAAGGAACGCAGGUUGUACAAGGAAGUUAUGCUUACAUCUCGCCUGAAGGUACACCUAUUCAAGUGAGCUACGUCGCUGACGAAAACGGGUUCAGACCUUCAGGGGUGCACAUUCCUGCUGAUGGAAAAGCUACACCCAUUCUACCUGUAGACGGAAUCAAUAAACAAAUCUUCGACCCAACAUACAACCGUUAUGACCCUUACAGAAGCCGGUACAACAACUUUGGGCCUUACAACCGGCCUUACGACCCCAGGUAUCCCUACGACCCCACAAAGAUCAAUCCUUACUACAAUCCCAAUACCUACAAUCCUUAUCGCAUCGGAAUCCAAAACAAAAAUUCUAACCAAGAAACUAAAAAGGAAUCUGUUUAA